GCAGCAUCCAAUGAUGUUAACAAGGUGAUAGAGAUCAAUCCAUACCUGCUGGGCACCAUGUCUGGAAGCGCUGCAGACUGUCAGUACUGGGAGAGACUCCUGGCUAAAGAAUGCAGGCUGUACAGGCUGAGGAACAACCACCGGAUCUCUGUAGCUGCCGCCUCUAAGCUGCUGUGCAACAUGAUGCUGGGUUAUAAAGGAAUGGGCCUUUCUGUGGGGAGCAUGGUCUGUGGAUGGGACAAAGAGGGCCCUGGUCUGUACUACGUGGAUGAAAAUGGGACUCGUCUGUCUGGUCGGAUGUUCUCUACUGGUUGUGGGAACGGUUAUGCCUAUGGAGUGGUGGACAGCGGCUACAGGGAAGACAUGACAGUAGAGGAGGCGUAUGAGCUCGGCUGUCGGGGCAUUGCUCAUGCUACUCACAGAGAUGCUUACUCUGGUGGAGUAGUGAACAUGUACCACAUGCAAGAGGAUGGCUGGAUUAAAGUGUGUAAAGAGGACGUCUCACAGCUGAUCCAUCGUUAUAGAAAGGGAAUGUUCUGAGUCAAACAUUCAGAACCCUUAUCAACUUAAACACUGUUUAUUGAUGUACAACUGAAACAAAUAAAACUGAUCCAGUGGGACAGAAACAU